AGUAGAUUCGAUUAUAAGAAAAACAGAAGUAACAUGUUUGGUUGUACGCAGUGUGAUACAAGAAAUGUUCAGUAAUUGGGUAGUUAGAUUUAAGCAGUCUGAUCCUUGGUUUGUUGAAGGUUUUUCGACAUUUUACGGAGUUUAUCUAUUCGAUCAGAUUUACAAUGAGACUUUACUGAUGUCGAUUGUGGUCCAGGCACGACGGGUAGAUUUUGAAUAUACACAAGCAUUUAGUGAAUAUGAUUUUCCAAUGCAGAAACAUACAUUUCUUCAAAACGUAACUUUUAAUAAAAUGUGGAAAGAAAAAGCAUUCACUAUUUUCUAUAUGAUGAAUAAUUUAUUCCGUAAACAAGAUGUUUUUUAUAACUUUAUUUUCGAGAAAGCGGUACAUACAUAUAACACCAGUACAUCAAGUGAGACAUAUAAUGACCAGUCUGUUUUCAAAAAUAUAUGGGACUAUUUAACUUUUGUACCGACCAUAAAUGACGACAUCUAUGUGAAAAAUAUAAAUAUAAAAAAUGUAAUAACUUCAUGGAUAACACAUGAUGGGUAUCCUGUGGUACAAGUACAACGUGUACAACUUGAUACACAAUUUCUAGAAAUUAAGGUUCAAGAUUGUGUUGCGGUUAAACAAAAAAACUUGUGUGCAUAUAAGUGGUGGAUACCUGUAAUCUAUUUCAAAAUAUCGAGAAAAAAGUAUAGUACUAAUUAUGUGUACCUAAAACCAAACGGAAAAAGUUUUUUUAUCGCGAAUAUUGAAGAUGAUUUUAUCAUAAUCACGGCGCACAAUGGAUAUCGCGUCAACUAUGAUCAUAAAACGUUGGAGAAUAUUGCUCUCUUUCUGAAAAGUGAAAAACCUGAGAUUUGGAAUGUAAACGAAUUAUCUGACGUCACUUUAGCACACAUUCUCGAUGAUGCUUUUUAUUUCUUAAUACAAAAUACAAAGUAUAAUGUACAUCCAGCUGCAAAAAAUAAUAAUAUAGAAAUAUUUUUUAAUCUUGCAAGCAAUAUUAUAGUUUACAUGAAAAAUUCGUACAUAACCUGGUAUCCUGUACUUACUGCUUUACAGUAUAUAUCAAAGAUUUUUCCGUAUCCAGAAACUGCAUUUAUGAAGACUAAAAUCCUUAAACUAUUGAAUAUCUUUCUUGAGGAUACAUCACAUAAAAACUUUUCUGAAAAUAGUAUGAGUAAUCAAGUAUAUCAUGAACUUGUAAAAUGGACGUGUAUUCUUGAUGGUGUAAAAUGCGAAGAACAUGUUAAUGCUAUAUUAAUGUGGCAUUUAGAAAAUCCUGUAAAAAACAAACUUUUGCCAAGUUGGCAGAAAUGGAUUUACUGCCAAAGUUUAAUUUUAGUAAAUGCUACUUCUGAUUUGUGGCAAAACAUAGAGAAGAUAUAUUCAACUGAUAACAAAAAAGAACAACUUUUUGAAUUGUUAUCUUGUAAUAGACAUAAUAUUUUGCAAGUUUUUCGUGAAAUUGAAGCUAAUUUACUAACCAAAAGAAAAUCUGUUUAUGUUCUUUUCGAUAGUGUAGCAAAAUAUUCAAAAGAUGUUACAUUAUUAAACAGUAUAAGGAGCAGAAUACUCACUUUCGCAGGUGACAAUUUUUUUGCAGUGAUUAUUUUUAUUAUUAACAACACUUAUUCAGAAGAAAAUCUUGUAAAGGUAUGAUGUGUGAACUUAAUUGUUU